GUUUACAUUGUAAUUGUGAGGGAAACACUGCUGUAAAAGUCUUCCAGAAGCCCGAAAGCUAUCUUUGAGAGGUGUUUCCUCCUUAAACCAGGUUUCCAGUGUCAGGACGUUCCUCUCCUGAAAGCGACUGUAACAGAGGAUGAUCUCACCUGAGUGUGACAUUUAGCCCUCCUGGUCUAUAUUUGUGAAGCCCUUGGCAGCUGCAUGUGAACGAAGACCCCAACCGACAAUGUUCAGAUCAUCUGAGGCAAGCAGACGGCGUGCUAAUGGCCAGGCACUGGGCCGCAUCAGAGGGGUGGAGGUAGCUCGAGGAAGGACAGGUUACGGUUUCACACUCUCAGGCCACUCACCAUGUGUACUGAGCUGCGUCCUGAAAGGCAGUCCGGCCGACUACGUUGGCCUACGCGCUGGAGACCAAAUCCUCGCCGUGAAUGACAUCAAUGUGGCGAAGGCAUCCCACGAGGACGUGGUCAAGCUGAUCGGCCGUUGCUCAGGUGUGCUACACUUGCUCAUCGCUGAGAGUGGACAGUUGGACUCGUGCUCCAGUGACGAGGAGCUUGGAUUCCAUGAGCACAAAAGCCACUGGCUCCGACCAAAGAUGGACUCCAAGACUUUGGGAAUAAACCGUGCUGAGCGCGUGGUGGCCGAGAUGCAGUCUGGAGGGAUCUUCAGUAUGAUCUUUGAGAACUCCUCCAGCCACUCUUCCAGCAGCUCGGAGAAAGCCGCUGCAAAACGGAGACCGAUGUCUGAGCUGGACUUCCUGUGUGGAGAUGUUGAGGCACACAGGAGUGAUGUGAACCCCCUUUCAGAACAGGAAAUGGCCAGAGUGCUGCGUGAUGACUCUGUGUUCGUGGAUGUGUUUGAACCUGACUCAGGCAGGCAGGAAGCUGACUCAGCCAGCAUCCUCAAUGUCGGCAUGAUCGUGGGUUACUUGGGUUCCAUCGAGCUGGCGUCGAGUGGUGCCAACCUGGAGAGUGACAGUAUUCAGGCAAUACGUGGCUGUAUGCGCCGCCUGAGAGCCGAGCACAAGGUGCACUCGCUGGUCCUGCUCGAGGUGCUUCACGACCGUGUACUCCUACGCAGUGAACGCAGAGCCGUCCUGGCUGCCUACCCAGCCGAGAAGCUGGCAUUCAGCGCCGUGUGCCCAGACGACCGCCGCUUCUUUGGCCUGGUCACUAUGCAGGCUGCUGAUGAUCACGGCAUGAAUGCAGUUGCAGAUGAAGACCAGGGCUCGAGAACCUCCUGCCAUGUCUUCCUUGUUGAUCCCGAGCUUUGUCACCACAAGGUACAUCAGGGGAUCUCUCGGCGCUUCGGUUUUAACUGCACUCCAGAUCCGGACACCGGUGGCUGUUUGGAAUUCCCCCCAACAUCUCAGCCGCUGCUCCAGUUUGUAUCAGUGCUCUACCGUGACAUGGGCGAGUCCAUCGAAGGCGUGCGAGCACGAGCGUUCCUCGACGGCGACCUGGACGCUCAGCAGAACAACAGCACCAGUAGCAACAGCGACAGUGGAAUCGGCAACUUCCUACCCGAAGAAAAAAACAACCGCGUCCUUUUGGUUGACCUCGGUGCCAAUCCUGCCCGCCAUGUGCCUCUGGCGUUAUGGGAAAGUGCACAAGGCGGUAGGAACCCCAGCACUCAGGGUGGUCUGCCUUCUUCUCCUCCUCCUCCCCAUCCUCCUCCUCCUCCCUCUAUAACGCAUCGGAAUGGCUACAGGCACGAGUUCUCCGAGCCGCACCCACACUCCCACCCAGACCCAGCCCCUCUGUCCGGCAGACACCUGAACUCCUCGUCCCGGCUGGACGUAUCCGGACUUCCCACCCGCCACCAUUUCCCCGCCCACUCUAAGAAGGGCGCAGGGAGCCAGCGCUGGCUCCCUGUUCACGUCCUGAGAGAGUGGCACCAGGGCCGCAGCAGCGAUCAGGAGUCCUACAGCGAGUCCACAGACGGCUGGUCCAGCGCUAACUGCAGCACGCUGCCGCCUCCCAUGAGUAAGAUCCCAGCUGACCGGUACCGCGCGGCGCGAGACAUCGCCUCCCAGCCCCACCGGCUCCAUGCCCACAAGGACGAGUGGGCCAACAAGCUGUUCGGGACGGAGAAACACUUUAGUGAGCACCAACAUCUUCCACAGCAGCACAAUGGCAAGAGAGCAAAAGACUCGGAGAAAAAGGGCGGAAGGUUCCGGGGCGUCACUAUGGGAUUUCCCUCACGCUCAUCUGGGAGGAGAUCAUUUGGUCGCUCCAAACGUCUCAGCAUGUCUCAUUCGCUGGAUGACCUGGAGCGUCUAUCUGUUAAUCUGUCCACGCUUCUUCCUAAAGUCUGCUGGAGAUGUGAUACUGUCUGGCCUGGAUAG